AAAUAAGUAGAGGGCAGCAUAGUAAUGUGUCUGGGGUUUUCUUCUGCGUAAAACCCUAAAGAAAAAUUUGAGCAUCUGACAAUGAGGCGAGUGUGGAGAUUCUCUUCCGACGCAACAAGGCGAGCUCAGUUGUUGUUGCUCUUGCAAUCCCAUUAUUUCCAUGGAUUCUCAAACCCCAAAACCACUCCCUCUUUGGCCACGGCGCUAUCUCAUCAUCGCAAUCUCAAUUCCGUGCCAAACGCAUACUCUGACCUCAUUCCCUUGUUCACUGCCAAGUCUUGCUCUUCAGCCAAAGAGGAUCUCAUCAACAAGGCCUCCAUUCUGAAGAACGAGCUCAUACGAGAAUCCAGCGACUCUGCUAGGGUUCUGAGCAUUUUGGACGAUAAUUCCGACACUUUGAUUCAGCGUCACCCCGAUGGAUCUGUGUUGCUCAGGCUUAUGAAUCAAUUGAAUUCAAAUCCUUCCCUUGCCCUCCAGGUGUUUAGUUGGAGAAGAAAGAGAUCAAAUGUUGAAAACCCUAUGGAUGCGUAUGAGUACUCAAAGGGUAUAAAAGCUGCAGGUAGAUCUGGGAAUGUUGAUUUAGCUGUUAAGCUCUUUAAGGAGGCUGCUGUCAAAGGUAUCAAGACGACCAGCACUUACAAUGCGCUUAUGGGUGCUUGUAUGUCCAAUGGUCUUGCUGAUAACUGCCAGUCCUUGUUUUGUGAUUUGAAGAGGGAUCCAACUUGUGAUCCUUCUAUUGCCACGUACAAUAUUCUUCUAUCUGUUUUUGGUCGCUUGAUGCUGGUUGAUCACAUGGAAGCAACAUUUAGGGAGAUACAAAAGUUAACCUUCACCAUGAACAUCUGCACUUACAAUCACAUGAUUGCUGGAUAUAUCACGGCUUGGAUGUGGGAUGAUAUGGAAAAUGUGUUUCAAAUGUUGAAGAGGAGCCCUGUUGAGCCUAACAUGAAAACCUACAUGCUAAUGCUUCGUGGGUAUGCAAAUUCAGGUAAUCUGGAAAAGAUGGAAGAGAUAUAUUCCUUUAUAACGGAUCGUGUUGAUAUAAAGGAAAUUUCAUUAAUCAGAUGUAUGAUAUGUGCCUAUUCUAGAAGUUCUGAUGCAGAUAGACUUAAGAAGAUAGAAUUAUUGUUGAAGUUUAUUCCAGGAAAAGAGUACAGGCCAUGGUUAAAUGUUUUAUUGAUUAAACUCUAUGCCAAGGAAGACUGGUUAGAGAAAAUGGAGAAUGCUAUAAAUGAGGCAUUUGAGCAUGGGACUUCUAUAACAACCAAGGGUAUUUUGAGAUGCAUAGUUGCAACUUAUUAUCGAUACAAUGCAGUAGAAAAGCUAGAAAAUUUUGUGAGACGUGCUGAAAUCUCUGGGUGGAGUAUCUGCCGAUCCGCAUAUCAUUGUAAGCUAGUCAUGUAUGGGUCACAGCUGCCCUUAAUGCAUAAUGUCCUUGAGGAGAUGGAAAUGGUCAACCUUGAAUGCACAAAGAAAACAUUAUGGAUAAUGUACAAAGCUUACAUGAGAAAUGGCCAGAGUUCCAUGGUUUUAAAAACAUUGGGACAAAUGUUCAAGCAUGGUUAUGAAGUUCCUUUGAGUGCAUUUCCAUCAUGAAAUAUAUUCCCCGAGGUGCACAUGAUGUUUCAAAUGAUAUUGUUGAGUUGAUUCUAAGUGUAGAAGUAGAAUUAGGAAAACUUCUAACCAGCUCAUAGACACAGAUGUUUCAUCCACGUGAAUAGAUUUUAAACUCCUCAUUCCAGGUUCUACCAUUCGAGUUGUAUCUGGAACAUUUUCAAAGUUUGCUCACACCCACAAGAAGCUGAAUUACAAAACCAAAACGGUGAAUUGUUUCUGUAACAAGAAUUAAAUAGCAGUGAAACAUGUAAAUUAUGUGUGAAUUAGUGGAUCAAGUAAGUAUGGAAAUUGCCCCUCCCUUUGAAUUGACUCAACUAACCUUCUUAAUGCAGGUCACUUUGCAUUUUACUCUAUUUGGAAAAGAGAACAUAGUAGACAUAGAUGUCAUUCAAAUACUGAUAAUUGCUCCGGUGACAAAUUGAUUCUGUAGGUUCUCUUUCCUGAUUGUAUGAUUCACAUUUUCUGCAGUGCUUUUUAUAAACAUUCAUAUACAUGGCAUGGAAAAACGAAAUAACUUGAGGAGUUGCACAUUGCAUGCUCUUUCAGCCUUUUGCAUUAUUUAUUGCCAAAGCACAUUUUAUGAAAGAAUUCCCAGAAUUUCCUGUCUCUAUAAAGGGUACUAGAACAUAGUGGUGAUUGAGACAUCGAAUUAAAAAGCAUGAUUUGUGCUGCCACUCCAAAUAAGUAGAGUAGAAUAAGUUUUCUUAUACAUUUUGUAAAUGCUAGUUGAACUAUGUUUGGAAGAAAGAACUUUGUUUCAUCAUUCAUUGGGAGCAUGAAGGAAUUGCUGUUUCCUUGUGUAAGAUGAGAGAUACUUUUAUCAUGCAAGAAAGACACAAGCAUGUCUCUUUUAUUGCUCGUUGACCUUACUGGUGGCCUGCUUACUACUCAAGACUUUGUAUUGGGGUUUUACUAUUGCACACUCCUCUGGAUAUUACUAGACAGUAUGCAGCUGUACAAAAACAUCUUUUUUUUGUUGUAUUUUUAUCUGUGUAGGUAAUUGUUUUUGGAAGAUACCAAAGUGUAUAUUGGUUAUGGCUCGAGAAGAGAUCAAAGCACAAGGUAGAAGAUCUUUUGAUCUUCUGGUUUCAUGUGCAACGACAAGGAGAUCAUUGAAAUGAAAUUCAGAGCUUUGACCUCAAGGUCAAUUACUUCAAUAAUACGGCUGAUCCUGAAACCCAAGCUAAAGAAGUAGUACAACAGGAUUGCCCGAUUUUUGGAAGGGUGCUUAAGCCUUAAGGGGUGGCAAAUAUUUCAGGUUUUGGAGCUUGAAACUAGGGCUGCCUCUAGAAGUCCAUUAAUACCUGUUAUUCACUUCCGUGAAAAGUUGUCAUUGGAUAGAUCUUAUUAAUUUCAAUAAUUUUAUUGCUAUUUUUAUCUUA